GCUACUUUAGCGGGAACCAAUCCUCGCGAGAUCUUGUUUGCACACGCGCAGUUGGCUUCACGUAUAAGCCCGCUGACCUUGGCACAAGAACUUCCUUGAGAGCGGUAGGGUUGUGUUAGUGGCACGGGUUAGGGUGCUGAGGGGAAAGCCAGAGUAGUCAUGCAGGACCCUGAUGAGGGCCUAGAUGGGAGAGCAGGGGCUGAAGAAGGCGAGGAUGGGCAGCAGAGUCCUCAAGGUUCCGAAGCCCAGCCUAGCUCUCAAAGUUUGGCAACGGAAGGUGACUAUGGCACCUUCCCUCAGAGUGGCCCACAAGAUUCCAGUAGCCCAGCUGCUCCUGGUAGCCAGGCUGCUCCAGGCAGUCCCCGCCCAGGGAGCCCUGUGGGGUCAGGUGCAGCUGCUGAAGAGGCAGCUGUCUUUCUCCACAAUGAGCAGCCACCACUUCUCCCUGGACCCAGCGGAGAUACUGCAUCAACAACGGGAAAUCGACUCCUGGAGUUCUCUGUAACAGUACCUUUCAGGUCUGCAGUGGAGGCAGACAUGGCCCGCAGGUCCCUGGUCGCCAAUGCCCGUCGCCAGCAAGUGAUGGUUCAGCAGGAGUUCACAGUGAAUACCACUGUCUUGUCUGUUAGGUGGACUACUGAAGACCCUGUCCUCUUCAGAAUUUCCAUCAACACUUUCCUUGACCAGCUCUCCCUGGUGAUGAGAAACAUUCAGCGCCUGGAAUUUGUGGCUGUUGUCAAACGAGGCCGAGGAAGAAGUCGUGAAUCCUAA